AUGUACGGGCUUGCGUGGUUAGACAGACUGCUGCGCGUUCUCAUCCCAGUCGCCCUUUGUCUGACGACAUACUUAUACUUAUAUCCUGCAUUCCACGGGUGCGCUUUUCCUUCCAAAGAUGCCUCGAUAGUAUCAGCCUUCGGCGACACACUCGCUCAACACUACCCUUUUUCGCGUAUAUUGAGCGCGUCCGACGUGCCUUCGAUCCCUUUCCGACUGCUCGUUCUUGCAGAUCCUCAAUUGGAAGGAGACAGCUCGCUUCCCAAGCCCGAAGAUGCCUUCCUGGCAAAACUAAGACGGCGUUGGAACGAGUUAUUCGCACAAGAGAAGGACAAUAUACUGCCGUCAUUGCUGGAAAACUCGCAGGCGCUUCUGCUUGAGGACAUUCCAGAAUGGGUGCUGUCCCUACGGAAAAAGCUGGACCUCUUCGGUAACGACUAUUACUUGGGCCACGUCUACACGACAUUACAUUGGUGGACAGUCCCCAGCCAUGUCACUGUGCUCGGAGACCUUAUUGGCAGCCAAUGGGUCACCGACGAAGAGUUUGACUGGAGAGGCUGGAGGUACUGGAACAGAGUCUUUGUGCAUGGUCAGAGAAUUGGUGAAGAAAUCACGACCUCCAAGGAGGCAGAAAAGGAGAGCACAUUCGAAAUGACCGACGCAAACUGGAGCAGGAACAUCAUCAAUAUCGCUGGUAACCACGAUAUUGGGUAUGCCGGAGAGAUAUCGGAAAAACGAAUGGAACGAUUCGAAAGAGUAUUCGGCAAGGCCAACUGGGAUGUCCGGUUCGAGUACCCUGAGAAUAACAACACUGUGGGAAGCAUUGACACGGUUCCGUCGCUACAUCUCAUCGUGCUCAACAGCUUGAUCUUGGACUCGCCAGCUCUAUCCGACGAACUGCAAGGUGAGACAUUUGCGUAUCUGAACAGUCUCAUAUCACAGCGCCUACGACCUGUGGAGGAUCAGUCUUCGUUUACACUCUUGCUCACACACCUACCACUGCACAAAGAAGAAGGUCUAUGUGUGGACGCUCCUUUCUUCGAUUACUGGGGUGACGAUGAUGGUGGAGGCGUCUACAAGCCCCAUGGCGUGCGGGAGCAAAAUCACCUCAGCACCCACGUAAGUCGACAAGGCAUACUGAAGACCGUCUUUGGUAUGAGUGGUAAUCUAGACGCGCCGGCACAGGGCAAAGGCAGACAAGGUCUCAUUCUGACUGGUCAUGAUCACGAAGGGUGCGAUGUAUGGCAUUAUAUUCCUUCGAAUUCGACGUGGUCUGGUUCCGAAGAGCAGAGUGAAGAUGAUAGGGACACUGAAUGGGAUGCAGUUUGGUGGGCUCUUGAGGACUCGGCUCGAUCUCAUACUGGGGUCCGCGAGAUCACUCUUCGAAGCAUGAUGGGAGAUUAUGCCGGCAAUGCAGGAUUGCUGAGUGCUUGGUUCGACUUUGAAGCUGGGCAGUGGAAGUAUGCGAUCCAAAGGUGUAGUCUGGAUGUGAAGGUUUGGUGGGCUGUACACGUGGUCGACUUGAUUGUCCUUGCCUUGUUGGUUGUCAGCUUUGUCUCGCAUAUGAUUUUUGCCAUCAGACCGCCAACUUCAGGCAGCAAGCAGCCUCUUCCACCUCUAAAACGUCUCAGAGUCAAGCCCCCGAAGGGGUGA